CCCACCCUAAACCCUCAUCUCAUUUCCUCACUCACUCUUCCCCAGUCCCCCAAAAAUGGUUCAAACCCUAAUCCGAGCAAUUGCCAUGGCCACCGCCACCACCACCGCAACCGCUCGCCACCCCACAAUCUCUCUCCUCGUACCCAAACGCCUCUUCUCCACUUCCAAAUUCACCAAUCCCCCUUCCAUCCCAGCCCUCAUGCUCGGCCGUCGAUCCCUUGCCCCUAUCUCCCACGCCGUCCGAUUCCCUACCCCUACCACCCGCUACAUUCCGAUCCGCUGCCGGGUCAACCGAUCUGGCGGUUCUUACUCGCCCCUCAACUCGGGUUCGAACUUCAGCGACCGUCCACCCACUGAAAUGGCCCCGCUUUUUCCUGGUUGUGACUACGAGCACUGGCUCAUCGUCAUGGAUAAGCCCGGCGGCGAGGGUGCUACAAAGCAGCAGAUGAUCGAUUGUUAUGUUCAGACCCUGGCCAAGGUCGUCGGGAGCGACGAAGAAGCAAAGAAGAAGAUAUACAAUGUCUCUUGUGAGAGGUAUUUUGGUUUUGGUUGUGAGAUUGAUGAGGAGACCUCGAAUAAGCUUGAAGGCUUGCCGGGUGUUCUUUUUGUUCUUCCGGAUUCAUAUGUUGAUCCCGAGUACAAAGACUACGGUGCUGAGUUGUAUGUGAAUGGAGAAAUUGUUCAAAGAUCACCUGAGAGGCAGAGGAGGGUGGAGCCGCAGCCCUCGAGAGCUCAGGACAGACCAAGAUACAAUGACAGAACCCGUUAUGUGCGCCGAAGGGAAAAUGUCCGGUGAAAUAAACGGAAGGCUAGCAAUGUAAAUAUCUUGGUGAAAAGGCGAUUAUGCCAAAGUUUGCUUAGUAGCUGAACCUUUGUUUAUCAUUGUCUGCUGUUUUUAAACCCUUGAGUUCGUGAUGAACCUUCAAGGCUAUAAACUAUUCCAAACCUUGAACAAUAUUAGUUGUUUUGUGCAAUUUCAGACUAUUUAUUAAUUUUCUCA